GUGCGCGGGCCGCCCUCGGGCUGUCGUGGAGCUCGGCGGAGAGCUCGGGGCCGGCGGCGGUUCAUGGACAGUACCUGAGGCUCCGGCGGCGCUGCGUUUGGCUCCGGCUUUCCCUCGGACCUCCGCUGCCCGGGCAAAUGCAUACAAAUGCAUUUGGGAGCCGAGAGGACAAGGCGAGGACGCAUCUCUCCCACGGCACCAACGAAGAUCCUUCUUCUUUGUAUCUCAAUAUGUACCGCCGCGGGUGCUGCGAAAGCACCCAAACGAGCAGUAGAUGUUCUUCAUCAGCUCGGCCUUGUGAGCGAUGUCCAGCAGCCGUCAGUGACGCCAGUGCCCUCAGCAGUGCCACCCUUGCCCCAGGGAGUUCACCUGGUUGUGUCCGGAGUUGUGCUGACUGCUGACGCUCGUGUUGAGGCCUCCGUUGCUCAAGUUAUACCAGCAAGUCUAGGGCAUCACUUCACCAUAUUGGUUGGGUUGUACUCUUACACUGUAAAUAAUGCUUUUCUUUUCAGUAUUAGGAACAAAACUAGACUGCAGUUUGGUGUCCAGUUACUACCGAGAAAGGUAGCAGUGCACACUGGAGGGAAGCAGCCUGCAUACUUCGAUUAUAGUGUUCAUAAUGAACAGUGGCAUUGGUUUGCCAUUGAAAUUAGAGAUAAGACUGUCUCAAUAUUUGCUGAAUGUGGACAGAAGUAUUAUAGCAGGGAAAUGCUUUAUGAAGUGGAGGCAUUUGAUUUGGAUGGUUUAUUUACCCUGGGAAGGAUGAACUCUCACUCUGUCAGCUUUGAAGGAGUUAUAUGCCAGCUAGAUAUCAUUCCCUCUGCAGAAGCCUCUGCAAACUAUUGUAAAUACAUGAAACAGCAGUGUCGCCAGGCCGAAACGUAUCGAUCUCUGCUAGGAACACCAUAUGCAUCAGGUGUGCUAGAUGUUUCUUUGAAGAAAAAGAUUGGUGAGAAAAAACAGUGGGAAGAUGUAUCUUACAGAAGGAAGGAAGCAUCAAAUGAUCCUGUUACCAACAUUGCUCAGAUUCACUCCAUACUGGAGUACCUUGAGUCAAUAAAUGUCUCAACAUCAGAAUUUGCAGAGUCUAAACCCCUGCUGUUAGAAGUGUGGCCGGAAACAGAACUCCAGGAGGAGGUCAGUCUGCUCCUUCACCAGCAGGACCCAAGCAAAGAAAGAGGCAGCACUGAAAAAAACAAGGCUUCAUAUCCAAAUACUUCACAUACUAUCACAGAAGAUGCAGACAGACAAAGUGAGCUUUCUCUGAUCUUCCCUUUAAAACAGAAUAAAAUGAAAAACAAGGGAGUGAACAAAGAAAAACAGCAUUUAGGUGAAUCAACCAAAAAGCAGCAAAUCUUCAACACAACUCUGUACAGUUUGACUGCUGACCUCUCCGUGGAUAAUCAGCUUGGUUUGGAGGAAGAAGGUCCAUUUGAUGCUAAUAACACUUAUCGCACAGAAAACACUUAUUAUAUUGAUGUUGAUAACUACAACUAUGAAGAUCAAGGCAAAAUGUUUGAAAUAGGAAGUAGCAGAGGUUUAAAGGGGGAGACUGGACCUCCUGGUCCUCCAGGUCCUCCAGGUCUACCUGGCCCAUCAGGAAAAAGAGGUCCUCGGGGUAUUCCAGGACCACAUGGUAAUCCAGGUUUGCCAGGACUGCCGGGUCCAAAGGGCCCUAAAGGGGACCCAGGGUUCUCCCCAGGACAGGCAAAACGUGGAGAAAAGGGUGAUCCAGGCCCAAUAGGCUUUUCAGGACCACCAGGGAUGAAAGGCCAGAAGGGUCAUAAAGGUUUUAUGGGACUUCAAGGGCCACGGGGUGAGCAGGGAGUUCCAGGAAUGGCUGGCAAUGUUGGGGCAGUUGGUUACCCUGGCAGGCAGGGCUCAGCUGGACCAGAAGGUAACCCAGGCCCUAAAGGUGCAAGGGGUUUCAUUGGACCUCCAGGGGUGGCAGGACAAAGAGGAUCUGAAGGAGAAAGGGGCAUUCCAGGCUUCCAUGGAAAAAGAGGACCUAAAGGGAGACAGGGUUUUCCUGGUGACUUUGGAGACAGAGGUCCCCCAGGGCCAGAUGGGAAUCCUGGAAUUGUUGGUGGUGUUGGUCCUCCUGGAUUUCCAGGACUGAGAGGAGACGUGGGGCCAGCAGGACUGAGUGGACCAUCAGGAAUUCCAGGGCCCAUGGGUCUUCCAGGAAAUAUGGGGCAGCCUGGAAUGAAAGGUGAUAAGGGUGAGCAUGGCCUUGCAGGAGAUCCAGGAGAUCAGGGGUACCCGGGAGACAAGGGUGCUCCUGGUUCACCGGGACCUCCAGGAAUCAGGGGAAAACCUGGACCCCAAGGAAAAAUUGGAGAACCUGGAUCCCAAGGACCAAUGGGUCCCCCAGGUCCUGAGGGUUUUCCAGGAGAUAUUGGAGUACCUGGAUUAAAUGGCCCCGAAGGUCCCAAGGGACUUCUGGGUGACCGGGGAUCUUUAGGGCCACAGGGACCAAAAGGAGUUGAGGGAGAAGUAGGACCAGCUGGACCUAUUGGCACAGUUGGCCCAAGAGGAAAACCAGGACAGAAAGGUUAUCUGGGUGACCCUGGACCAGAAGGUUUAAAGGGAGAACAAGGAGACCAAGGAAACAUUGGAAAAACUGGUGAAGCAGGAUCAGCUGGCUUACCUGGAGAAACUGGGCCAUCUGGAAGCCUUGGUGAAAAGGGAGAGAGAGGCAGUCAAGGACCAGUAGGUCCUCCUGGAGAGAAAGGUGUGAUGGGUUACCUAGGACCUCCAGGAGGCCCUGGGCCAGUGGGGCCAGAAGGUUUACCUGGACCUUCUGGGACAAGGGGACCACCAGGGCCACAGGGGCCUAAGGGCAGAAGGGGGCCUAGAGGUGUAGAUGGUCCUCUUGGAGAGCCGGGUACACAAGGUAUUAAGGGAGAAAAAGGAGAUCCAGGAAAGAAAGGCACUCCUGGGCUCAUUGGUAAAGCUGGAAAUCCAGGUCAAAGAGGAGAUCAAGGAGCACGUGGUUUGCCUGGGCCUCCUGGAACCACAGGAGACAGAGGACCAAUGGGAGAGACAGGUCCAAGAGGACAACCAGGAGAUGCAGGUGCAAUUGGAGAUAUGGGUUUUGAGGGACCUCCUGGCCCUGAAGGAGAACCUGGACUGCAGGGAGAACCAGGCACAAAGGGAGACACUGGGCCUGCUGGGAAGGCUGGAGAAGCUGGUGACCAAGGCUUAAGGGGUGAACCAGGACCUCCAGGAGAAGAUGGUGUACAGGGAAGAGAUGGCCCAAAGGGAGAUCCUGGAGAACAGGGACUUCAUGGAGAAGCUGGUGAAAAAGGAGAGAUGGGAACACCAGGAAAUGUUGGACCCCCUGGUGAACCUGGCAUAAUGGGUAUUCCAGGUCCUGAAGGAAGACCAGGAAACCCAGGUCAGAGAGGCCGUUUGGGAAAGAAGGGGGAAAAAGGGCAGCUUGGCCCUCCUGGAGAAAUUGGUCCUCCUGGUGAUUCUGGUCAACCUGGAAAAACUGGUCCUAAAGGUGCAAGAGGAACUCGAGGCCCCUUGGGACAUCCUGGAGGAAUGGGACCAGGAGGAGAGCUAGGCAUUCCAGGUUAUGGGGGUCACCAAGGUCCUGCAGGGCCUCCAGGGCCCCCAGGACCCAAAGGAGAAAAGGGUUACCCAGGAGAAGACAGUACAGUACUUGGACCACCUGGGCCCAUAGGUGAACCAGGGCCCACUGGGGAACGUGGAGAUAGAGGAGAACCUGGUGAUGAGGGCUACAAGGGUCAUAUAGGUCUUCCAGGGCUUAGAGGACCAAUUGGACAACAGGGGCCUCCAGGAGAGCCAGGUGAACUGGGAGAGCAAGGACUGAAAGGAGAAAGAGGUUCAGAAGGGCCCACAGGGAAGAAAGGAGCAACGGGUCAGGCGGGCAAACCUGGCAUUCCUGGAAAACUGGGACCAGUAGGGCAGAAAGGAGCAGUGGGCUACCCUGGUCCAGAGGGCAUUCCUGGGAACCCUGGCAAGCCUGGACUGUCAGGAAAAUCUGGCCCUAAGGGUAAUAAAGGAAGCCCAGGCUUAGCAGGUCUGGCAGGUUAUCCUGGAGCUCGAGGUCCAAAGGGAUUGCCAGGCAUGCCCGGGCCCAUGGGAGCACCCGGGCUAAAGGGUGCAGAAGGACUUCAGGGUCAUCCAGGAAAACGGGGUAAAAGAGGCCAUCCAGGAUCACAAGGUGACCAGGGGCCAGUGGGAGAGGUUGGAGCCAAAGGACAAACUGGAGAAGAUGGAGAUCAAGGUUUGAUGGGGUUUCAAGGAUUCCCAGGUCCAAAAGGUCCUGCAGGAGAUGUUGGCUUAGUUGGAAUUCUGGGCCCGAAAGGCCCAACAGGGCAAAUUGGAUAUAUUGGGCCUGUUGGUCAAGAAGGCAUUGCAGGCCCAACUGGCAGGCCUGGACCGAGAGGUGAGAAGGGCACAAGGGGUGAAAUGGGACCCCAGGGACCUCAGGGCCAGACAGGGGCACCUGGGUCACCUGGGCCACCAGGACCAAGAAAACUUGUGGACAUCAAUGCUGCUGUUCAGGCUUUGAUUGCAUCAAAUGCUGCAUUGCAGAUGGAGAGAUACCAGAAUACUGAAGUAACUUUACUGGAUCACAGUACAGAGAUAUACAAAACACUGCACUACCUUAGCAAUUUACUGCACAGCAUCAAGAACCCCCUUGGCACACGGGAUAACCCAGCACGCAUCUGCAGGGACUUGCUCAGCUGUGAGCGCAAAGUGUCCGACGGAAAGUACUGGAUUGACCCCAACAUUGGCUGUCCCUCUGAUGCCAUUGAAGUUUUCUGCAACUUCACAGCGGGUGGUCAGACAUGUUUAACACCACCAUCUGUGACAAAGCUGGAGUUUGGCAUUGGAAAAGUGCAGAUGAACUUUCUUCAUUUACUGAGCUCAGAAGCAACACACAGUAUCACAGUUCACUGUCUGAACACACCGAUGUGGGGAUUAAGUGAGGCAGGAGGCCAGAAGACAUCUCUUAGCUUCAAAGGUUGGAAUGGACAAGUGUUUAAAGCCAAUUCACUACUUGAACCGAAGGUGCUUGUGGAUGAAUGCAUGAUUCAGGAUGGCAGCUGGCACAAGACACAGUUCUUUUUUCACACUCAGGACACCAAUCAGCUUCCGGUUGUUCAAGUUCAUACUCUUCCUCAUCUCAAACCAGGACAGCAGCACUUCAUAGAAAGUGGCUUGGUGUGCUUCCUUUGAGUUUUGUGUCCUGGUUCCUUUGCAUCAGUGCAGGACUGCUGCGGAGUGAGUGUGAAAGUAAUGAAUGAGGCAAAAUUGCUUUCAAACUGAAGAAUCGCUUUAAACACUGCUGGUUAAAGAACCUCAGGAAGAAGGAGAAAUGGCAUUUAAAAACAAAGAAAAAAAAAAGAAAAGACUACAAUUUUCCUAAAGUAUUUAAAUCUCUUUUUAAUACUGGUUGGUGCUUUCUUGCAUAAUUUCCUGGAACUGAAUAUCUGAGCAUGGAAUUUUUCAGGACCUCUGGUGUUCUUGACAAUCUGUAUGACAGCACUGCAAAAGAACACUAUGAGGAAAGCUGGAGACAUACAAUACCAUGGAGCAAUACUGGCUAAUGCUCCUAAAUGUGCAAUAGCUAUAUCUGAAAAGUGAACUAUGCCACAAUACAAUAAGUCGUCUUUUUCUCGGUUCUAUAGCAGUCCUUUGUGGACACACACAUCUUAACAGAUGACACACUACCUCUUACAUGUACCCUGUCUGUGUUGCCUUGGUGCUCUUUGUAACACAAGGUGCUGGUGGCCUUAACAGAGACUAUGUGAGUCCAUUUUUAUCUUUCAGACUGUAUGUGCCGGUUACAUCAGGAUCUGUCUCUGUUAUCAAGGUACUUAUUUUAAAUCAUUGGUCACAUAUUUUACUACAACUAAACCAUUAUUUAUGUGGAUUUCUUGUUUAAAAUAUUUUUGCGUACUGUUGUGGAAAUGGCAUAUAAGACAGCACGUUGUAUAUAAUGCAUAUAGUCAAAACAGUUAGCUUUACAGCCAUUGAAGACAACAGCCCGUUGUAGAAGAGCUACCUACAGUAGUUUUCAGUUUUUUCAGUUAACUUUUUUUGAAUGACAAAGGCAUCUUAAGAUGAUAUACUGUGUAUAUAUUUGUAACUCAUUAAAUCUCCUACAGCAUGUCUUUUGAAAGCGGGCUGUUAAGUUAUAAUCAGCAUUUCAUCCACUUAGUCGUCAUUUUUUUGUAAUAUUAUUAGAUCAUUUCAGUUUCCUUAAAUUAAACCUAAAAUGCUCAACCAUCUUCUUUUGUUUAAAACACACAAAACAAUUUUACUAUUAAGAAAAACACUCUUUAUAAAGAUAUCCCUCAACAUAUUACCAAUCAAAAACCUGCUGAAUAAUUCAUGAAGAUGGUGCCAAACCACACUGGGGACUGAGAAGCAUUCAAACAACUUGCUUAACUGACUUGACCCAUAGGAAAUCAUACUGAAAAUAUAAUAAAAUAAGAUUCCACCCUA